GUGAACACCAAAUGUGACAACAAAACAAACGUUUUAUACAUUUUUUAUAAAAGAUUUUAACAAGCCAAAGUCAAAAUUGGCUCCAAACACAAACUCAGAGAUUAUUACAUAAGGAUGACUUUGGUGGGGUUAGCGGCGCGAAAGCUGGCUCAAAAGCAGCGGUCUGCCAAACUAGCCGCAGCAUUUCCAAAUGGCAUUCGGUGUCAAAAGUGCCUGAAUUUUGGACAUUGGAGCUAUGAAUGCAAGGAGAAACGAAAGUAUGUUCAUCGCAGUUCGCGCACAAAGCAGUUAAGUAAGCAUCUGGCAGAGAAAAGUGCAAAUGCCGCCGAGUCUGCGGCGGCCAACGAGUCGCGUGCUUUGGAAGCCGGUGCUGAAGUGCGCAACGAUCGCGAGAAGCGUACCAAGCGUAAAAGGAAACGCAGCAAUAGUUCGAAUAGUUCGUCGAGUUCAUCAGACAGCUCAAAUAGCAGUUCGGAGUCAUCCAACUCGGAUUCAAGCAGCAGCGACGAUUCAGACAGCUCCAGCUCUGACGAUGAUGACAGCUCAUCAGAUGGUGAAUCAGGUUCCUCCAGCGUAAGCGAGAGCGAUGCGUCCAGUUCCAGCAGCAAGAGCAGUGACAGCGCAUAUGAACGGGACAGCUCAGCAGCACCCAAGAAGAAAAAGCGACGUGAUAGCACUGGUGAAUCGUCAGAUGGCGCCACUCAAGAUGAUUAAUGCGGCCCGAAUAUCCAUAAUAAAAUACAUACAUACAUAGCUUUAGUA